GCAGAUUCGAGUCGGAAUGUAAACAGUGAAGCACACCUUCAACAUGUCAAGCUGAGGAUGUUUUGUCGGUCAAAAUAAGAUUUAAAUUAACACAAACAAACGCCAGGCGCAGUCAUAACUAGAUGAACAGCAGCCAUGAAACUGUACCACGCGCUCCGUAAUGUCAGCAAGUUCAGGACUGUUUUUGACUUUGGAGGACGUGAAGUGGCUCAUUGGUUCCCAGGACACAUGGCUAAAGGACUGAAGCAGAUGAGAGCCAACCUCAAGAAUGUCGACUGCAUCAUAGAGAUCCAUGAUGCCAGAAUCCCCUUCUCUGGAAAAAACCCUGUGUUUCAGGAGACUCUGGAUGUCAGACCCCACCUGCUAAUUCUAAACAAGAUGGACCUUGCCGAUCUGUCCAACAAGCAGAGAAUCCUGAAGAAGCUACAAAAAAACGGGGUGAGGAAUGUUCUUUUCACAGACUCUCUAAAACAGAGAGAUGACAACAUCAAAAAGUUGGUGCCAAAGGUGGUGGAAAUUAUUGAGAGCAAACCACGCUUUAACAGAGAUGAGGAUACAAAUUAUUGCCUGAUGGUGAUUGGCGUGCCCAACGUGGGGAAGUCAUCUCUUAUUAACUCCCUUAGAAGAACAAACUUGAAAAAAGGUCGUGCAUCUCGAGUAGGUGGGGAGCCAGGUAUAACGAAAGCGGUCCUGACUAAAAUUCAGGUUUGUGAACGACCCAUAAUGCACCUGUUGGACACACCGGGAGUCUUACCUCCUAAGAUUGAGAGUGUUGAAACAGGCAUGAAGCUGGCUUUGUGUGGAACUAUUCUGGACCAUUUAGUGGGUGAAGACAUUAUCGCUGACUACUUACUCUAUUCUUUGAACAGGCUAGGGAAGUUCAGUUAUGUUGAAAAAUACGACCUCCAAGAGCCAAGUGAUGACAUCCAGCAUGUCCUCAAACGCAUUGCUGUAAGACUUGGAAAGACACAACGGGUCAAAGCCAUUACUGGAGUGGGAAAUAUCACCAUCACUGUCCCAAACUACACAGCAGCAGCUUACGAUUUCAUAAGAACCUUCAGGAAAGGAGAGCUGGGACAAGUAAUGCUGGAUUGACCUCGGACAUUGUACUGAAGACAACCAGAGACUGUUUCUGGAUCCUUUGCAAAUAAAAUGAUUCAGCUUGAUUUAAAGUACGACAUUUUGUCUCAGCUUUGCUCGUAGAAUACACGCAGACAUCUGAAAUGGUGUAAACAGGAUAUUUAUUAGCAUAAAGACAGUGAUGACAAAUAUUUUAUUUAUAAGUGUAGCAUGUGAUAUGAGUGCACCUAUUGAUAUGGAACAGUAUGUUGCUCCUGAGUGUCUACUGAAGGUAAAAAGCUCCUCUGGAAUGAUGGACAGACCAUCGGAGACAUGAUUAACAGUGAGAGCAGCAGUUUGUUUCCUGGCGUCACUCCCAGCAAAGACGUGGUUCAUACACAGGUCUGCUAAUUCAUUUUCUAAAUUCUGUAUAAAAGGGUAUACAUUGCACAGACAUUUGAGAUGGUUGUGGAAAUACAGUUAAACUUUCUCAAUGGACAAUACUAUCAUCUGCCUUGUCUUAUGGUUUGUGAUAUUGGGCUCUAUAAAUUAAAUUUACUUGACUACCUCUAUAAAUAGAUCUUUUCUGUAAAUCCAGUCUUGAAAUCAAGUUUUGCAGAAGGAAGGGAGAGUUUACAAAUUGCAAUUUCCUUUUUUUUUUCAACUUCAUUAAAAAAUAAUUAGAAUAAUGCGAGUGCCACCUUGCUGCUUUAUGGAAUGACUUCAGUGUUACAGAAACUGCAGCAAGUCAAGGCUUUAUAUUUAGACCCAAAUCUGCUAAUACAUACACAUGGUUUUCCUCCAGUAUUACUGAGCAGUGAUGCUGGUCAUUCACUUUUUUGUGUG